AUGUCCAAACAAUUACAACCCCAGAUAUCAGUAGUAGUGGCUGCGCUUAAACCUUCAUAUGGUAUAGGUUAUAAAGGCUCUUUGCCAUGGAAAUUGAAAAAAGAAAUGGCCUUUUUUAAAAGAGUCACAACAAAUACAAUUGAUUCAUCCAAAAGAAAUGCAGUGAUUAUGGGUAGAAAAACUUGGGAUUCAAUACCGACUAAAUUUAGACCUUUGCCCAAUAGAUUGAAUGUCAUAAUAUCUAGAUCUUAUCCUAAUGUAAAUAUUGUUGAUGAAAAUGUAAUUCAAGUAAAUUCAAUUGAAGAAUCUAUUGAAGUAGUUAAAAACCAAAAGAACAUUGAAAAUAUCUUUAUAAUCGGUGGGGCUGAAAUAUACAAUGCAUUUAUGAAUACUAAAAAUCUAGUUGACAAUUUGCUUAUAACAGAGAUUGAGAAUUCAAAUGAAGUGAUUGAAAUGGAUACCUUCUUAAAUUUUGAUGCUGAUAAAUGGGAGAAACAAUCAAAAACGAAAUUAAAUUCAUUCAUAAAUGAAGAAGUCGAGGAUGACAUAGAAGAAAACAAUUUCAAAUAUAAUUAUACGCUAUGGCAAAAAAAGAAUUAA